AUGACUCCAGAAUGCUCUCCCUGUGUUGCCAGUUGGUGGAUUCGAAUAUUUACUUCUCACCAGCCUCUGGGUGCCACCUUCCCAGGCAGCUCGGAGGAAACUGAAACUCUCCGAGUCUUUGGAGAUUGGUAUGAGGAAGGUCUCAUUGCUGAAGCAGGGAAACCAUUGGUGAUCCUGUGCAAAGAGGGUUACCAAGGUGUUCGCUGUGAUCAGUAUUUACCGAAAACUGAUUCAAUUUUAUCAGAUCCAACAGAACAUCUGGGAAUAGAAUUCAUGGAGAGUGAGGAUAUUUACCAGAGACAGAUUAUGUCUAUAACCUGCAUCACGAUUGGAUUAAGUGUGGUCGGGAUGCUCUGUGUGGUUCUGUACUUCAAAACAAAAAAACAAAGACAAAAACUGCGUGAUCAGGCAAAGGAGAUUCGCUUUGGGAAGAGUUACAGUCUGAAUACUUCGGAACUGUCUACUGCCAAUAAUCCCCAACAAAAUGUGCUACAGCUGGAAAAUUUCACAAAAUCCGACAGUAGUAUUGAUGGGAGAAGAUGCAAAGUUCUGGAAUCAAAGUUUUCAGGUGCUGGAUCAUCGCCGAGCACCACACCAUCAAUGAGUAACCCGAUUGGAAAGCAGCAAAGGUAUUGUCCAUCCUCAUCCCUCAGCCCAAGGCAACUGGGAAGAUUGUCAUCGAAGGUCAGUCCAGGCCCAUCGCCCCCAGUGACACAAGGGUCAUUGAGUGCUGUUAUCGAACCCUCCGACUCAUCAUCUGUCAGUGCAAGCAGCCAGAUACAGGCACAGCUUGCUUCAUCCAAGGGUGAUUGCUCAGACACCAACCAAGGACCGUCAGCCACUUGUUGGAAAUCUCCGGAGAAUUCUCUUAAUGUUAUACAGCCUGUACACUGCCAUCAAGCCAUCCAGCUCUGUGCUCUGCAGUUCAAGGAGAGCCAAGUAGUUCCUUAUUGCUGGGUGGCCUCGCUGCCUGUAGACCCUUCAGUGGAGGAGAAGAGUUCUGUCCAGGUGCCAAAGGAGAGUGCCGAGUCUGAUAGCCCAGAGCAUCAGCCUCACUGUUAUCCUGCUGAGCUGGUUCCUCUCAGUGGCCCGAGUACCCCAGACCAUCAAGCAGACAGGCAGCAGGUGGAGGCGCUGCUGCAGACCGCACAACAACAGAUCCAGAUCCUGGCAUUUGCCAGUCAAAGGGCCGAGGACUAUGAACUGAUCAAUGAGUGUGAGGAACGAGCAGGUGAAAAUACAGCAUUCCUGCCUGUGGUUGCUGCGGAGGAGGUGCCGUUUCUGGUUAGGAAGGAAGAGUACAGAGACUGUGAUUUAGGAAAGUGACAUUCGGAUAUCUGUACUCUUACUACAUUGUGAAACUGGAAAAAGGGGAUCAGAAGGAAAAAAAGAGAAAAUAUUUAUAUGCAUUUAUUUAAAGCAUUUAAUUAGAAACCAAAUAGUCAGUUGCCCCCAUAGUGGUUUAUGGAAACUAUUUUGUAUUGUUUUAUCAAUAACUUUUCUUUUGUUCUGGUGAAGAUUCUCGUGUCUAUUAUUCCCGAUGGCUGUGUGUGUGGGUGCUGUAUUUCACUGAGUAUCUUCAGGAUUAAAGGGUCUCUCAGCCCCCUCUCUGCCACAUUCAAAACCAAAAUAGAUGUUUGGACAUUGGCACUGCCAUUCUGAUUGGUCAGGCCUGGGGUAUGAGCUACAUGGGACAGAGAGAGUGAGAUUGCCGGGUCGGAACAAAUUUGUGUUUUGGAGGAUGAUGCACCAUCCGGCCAAUUAGCUGGAACCCAGUGUGGAAUUAAUAUCAGGAUCUUGUUUAAUGGCAAGUUCUGGAAUGGCCAUCCACUGGUCCAUAUAAAUCAGCUGAUUAAUAAACAUCAGUGUAACACAGCUUGCCCCUGCUGGAUAACUCCAAAAACCCCAGUAGCACAGAACACUACCCCUGCUGGGCAUACCCAGAAACCCCAGUAUGACCCCCAGUGUGGAGUUUUUCUUGGGUAUCUGGUUCUGUCAGUAACAUAAACCUAUCAGGGAACUGACCCUGGGGUCCUAGCAUCAAUGUCUGGCUUAGCCCAUGAAGGGGGACCUGGUUCAAACUGUAUGUUUAACUCAGAGUGAGCUAUAAUCGGCUCCAUCCCCACACAGUCAGGGGCAGACGUUCCAAUACUCAAGAUGGGAGUAUUAACAAUCUGACACACAGACUCCCAUCAGCCAGGAGGGUUCACUGUAGAAGGGGCUUCACGAAUAGACUUAAUUCCACCUUGUUCCAGCUUUGAGACUUGAUCAGUGUAAACAUUGCACCCAGAGCAGCAUCCCCUGCCCCACCCAAUCAUCUCCACCUCCCACCAUCUCAACUCUCUCAUGCGCCUGCCCAACUAAUUCCAUUUCCCCUUCAUCCCCAUCCACUCUCAGUUCUCCCAGACUGCACCUCUGCUAUCUCUAUGCCCCCUCCAUCCCCAUUACCCCACCAUCUCCAUUCUCCUCCCCCACAGUUUCCAUUUCCCCCUCCACCUCCACUUCCCUUCCCCUGCUCCAUUCUCCUGUUCCAUCCCCAUCCUCAAGAAUGAGCUCCACACCCCUGCACCCACCCACUCCAUCACUUCACCUCCCCUUCCUUCGCUGCACUCCCCACCCACAUUCACCAGGUAUUGGUUAUCAUUGGGACUCUGAGGCUGUGAUCUCACAAUCUUUGUUAAAAUGGUCUGAUUGGUCGAUGCAGGUGCUCAGGGUCCCAUUCAUCACAAAUUGUUGCAAUCACUGAUGUGUAUGGAUUAAAAGUAAUUGAAAAAUCUU